AUGCUAAGGAUUCAUGCGAGGCAAAAGACAUUGUUUUGGAGGAUUUUGAGUGGCUGUCUGCCCAUCAAAAGCCGUCUGGGGGGGUUUCUGAAUACUGAUACAUGUUGCGCUUUGUGUGGUGAUGAUGUUGAAUCAGAUGUACACUUGUUUAGAGACUGCCAUUUUGCUCGUGGCCUAUGGUUCUCUUGCCCGUGGGGUCCUUGCAGCAGUGGACUUGGGAAUUUAAACUUGGAGGAUUGGUUCUUAUGGUUGUUCGAUACAAGGAACGAGUUGAUGAUAUUAUAUGGAGCUUGCAUCAUUGAACACAUUUGGAAUUGCCGAAAUGAAGUCAUUUUCAGAGGAGCUAAAGCAAACAUGGCUGCUUCAGUAAAAAUUAUACUCCAGCGGUUCAAUGAGUUUCGAUCGGAGCUCCUAGAGGCUGACGAACCUGUGAACACUCAUUCAGAUGCUCCUCGUUCCAAUCUGGUGGAUGGUUGCAGGUUUAGGGUGGAUGCAUCGAUCCUCGAUGGUCUGGCUGGGUUAGGUGAUGUUCAAGUUGAUGCAGAGCCCGAUGAAGCAAGUGUGUUGCUGCACUUUACGGCAGUGGACAGUGUUCUCGAAGCAGAACUGCGCGCCAUUCUCAGCGUCUUGACAUGGGCAAGGGAAAAGGAACUCAAUUCUGUUUUCAUUGAAUCUGAUUCUCUCAUAGCAGUAAAGGCUUUAAACUCUAAUGUUCUGCCUUAUGCUUGGGCUGAUGCUCUUGCGUGUUAUGCUAGAGUGUCUCGUGUGAGUGCGAGUUGUGUGCUAAGGGAUGUAGCCCCCUUUGUGGCUACUAUGUGA